GAAAUAAAACAAAGAGAGACCGUCGAUAUGUCGUCGAUAGAUCGUCGAUAGUUCGUCGAUAAGUCGUCGAUAGAUCGUCGUACACUUUGACGAUCGGGUCGGGCGGUGGGAGGGUUAACGACAACACUUUUUAGCAUUGCAACUUCCAUCCUGUCGCUCAAAAAAAAAUUGAAUCUGCUUCUUCGGCGGCCCUCUUUGUAAGGGCCGUCGCCUCACUGGAAGUCAUUGAACGUCGCGGGUUGAUGACAAUCGGUGGGGGGAGGGAGCUAGGAGGCGCGUGUUGAUACUUCCCCACGUAAGAUGGUCACUUAGCGUUCAGUUCAACUUCCCGUGGACCGUCAACACCACGGCAACAACUCAGUGCGACUUCAGUGCCACUACAUUCGCCGUUGUUCAACCCACGUGCCGGGCCGGGCCACAUCGGCAUCAUGGUGGGGGUCUCCCUGCAUGCGCUGGCGUUGUUGAUGUUGGGCGCCGUCUGCUGCGUUCACCUCGCCGCGUGCCCCUUCACCAAAGUGGAGGAGAGUUUCAACCUGCAGGCCACGCACGACCUCCUGUACCACGGCUCCGACCUGCAGCAGUACGAUCACCAUGAGUUCCCGGGCGUCGUUCCUCGAUCUUUCCUGGGCCCCCUCGUCAUUGCUGUGAUGGCUGCCCCAUGGGUGCACCUCUCCCAUGCCCUUGGAGCUAGCAAGUUCGUCUCCCAGUACAUCGUGCGUGGCUGCCUGGGCGUGUGCGUGCUGCUCGCGCUCUGCCGCUACAUUGGGGCUGUGCGCGCGGCGUUCGGACACCGCGUGUCUGUGUUCACGGCGCUCGUGACGGCGAGCCAGUUCCACCUGCUCUUCUACAGCUCGCGCAGCCUCCCCAACUCCAUGGCCCUGCCCCUCGUAUUGGAGGCGAUGGCUGCGUGGCUGGGGAGCCGGCACGCCACGUUCGUGCGGUGUUCGGCGUGUGCCGUGCUGGUCUUCCGCGUAGAGAUCGCGCUGCUCGUUGGGCCCAUGCUGCUGCUGUCGCUGUGGAGACGGCAGCUGAGCGUGACCGACGCGCUACGCCUCGCUGUGCCCGCUGGGCUCUUUUUUCUCGGGCUGACUGUGGCUGUGGACUCUUUGUUUUGGCGCCGACCAUUGUGGCCAGAAGGAGAAGUGUUUUGGUUCAAUGCCAUCCUCAACAAGAGCUCCCAGUGGGGCACGCAACCUCUGCCCUGGUACUUUGUGUCGGCUCUGCCACGAGCCCUCGCAAGCAGCGCCCCGCUCGUAGCGGUGGGCGCGUGGUGCGACCGGCGCGUGCUUCCCAUGCUGCUGCUGUCGCCGCUCAUCUUCGUUUCGGCGUACUCGGCACUGCCGCACAAGGAGCUGCGCUUCGUCAUCUACGUCGUUCCCGCGCUUAACGCGGCGGCAGCACGAGCCUGCGCCCUCGUCUUUAACACCGCGCACAAGUCGGCGUGGCGCAAGCUGGCGGCGCUGGCCGUGUGCGGGCACCUGGCGCUGAACGGCGCGUACAGCGCGUGCCUCCUGUACGCGUCGUCCCACAACUACCCCGGCGGAGACGCCAUAACACGGCUGCACGAGCUGGUGCCACCGUCUCAGAAUGUCUCCAUUCACAUGGAUGUAGCAGCAGUACAGACUGGCGUUUCAAGGUUUACGCAAAUUCAUGAUCACUGGAGGUAUGACAAGCGGGAAGACCUGGACCCGAGCGAUGUGGACGGAUCCCUUGCGUACACACAUCUGCUGCGGUCGGCCGAGGUGGCCCUGGCGGGGCUGAAGGAAGGCCCCUUCUCCAGGACCCACCGCAUCCUGCAUGUCGUGCGCGGCUUCGUCGGGGUCUCGUUCGAUCGCCGCCGAUUUCCGCCGUUCGCCGUGGAGCUGCGUCCCGCCGUGGUGCUUCUCGCGCGGAAUCCAUACGUGGAGUCGGUGGAACUUCCCGCUGGUGGCCUAGUUGCCUGAGAUGGCGGCCGGGGCAUGGAUUGGUGGCAAAGGAAGGGUGAAAAGAAGAAUGAGCUCGGCUCAGUGUGUGUGUGUGCUUGAAAUCUCUUUCGUUGCACAGACUGCCUGAAAGACAAUCAAAAGAGACCGUUACAAUGGGUGCCACUACUUCCUUCUGCCAGGUUCCACAGUUGUACCGGUGACACCCGACCUCCAAAGCUCUGCUCUGAGAGUUUCAUUACUGCCACCAUCUGGCUUUUCUCUUCCCCUUGGGCACUGACCUGUGGUUGCCACUCCACUGCCUGUCUCAUUAACCUGCACUCUUUUCUCACGCACACACGUCACACUCACCACGGCCUCCCCUGUCUAAUUAUCAGCAGUGCUUACCUGCUGCAUCGCAUUGGAUGGUUGUCUCCGAUCGUAGUCGACGAUGACAGCCCAUCGAUUUCUCUUUGUGUUUACAGUGCAGGAGUCCAGUAGGGGGCACAGGUGGUGCAUCGGCCAGUCGUCUCAGUCGAUCCGUGGCACCUGGGUCUGCCCCGUGACCUCCUGCCACCGGGCAUUCGACACUUCACGUGGCCUCAACGUGCACAUAGCCUGGCACAAGCGCCGUGGUGACGUCAUCACCAGUCCAGGGCUGCGUUCAACUGGGGCAGAGCACUCCAGAACACUCUUCUUUGUCGGCUCAGAGUGCGGCACAGCAGGAGCCAACGGUCCGACGGGCCGCCUCGCCGAGCGAUAGGUGGCUCGGUUCAAAGUCAAGCCAAUCGGAUGAAGCGCCCUAUCUUCCUGCGAACUCCCGGUUUAUGGACGUGACGCGCGCGUGCCCCAUUGGCUGAGCUGGUGCGUGAUGUCACCCGCCGUUGCGAGGGACUCGGCAUCCUUUUAAAUCGUCUCGAUUUGCUGUUAGAACUGCUCUUUGUGUUUAGUUUGUUGUCCCACCCCGCCCCCCGCACCUCCGAUUAGCACAAUUGACUACGUGCGGUGAAGUUGAACGUACAUACAUCCUAGCAAACGCGCCGUUCGCGAAGAGCUAACGUUCGCCUCGUGGCUCCACGACAGAGCCCUCUCUGCCCAUUGAACGCACCCCUGAUGUCAUCCGCGCUUCCAAGUAGCUGCUUACCUUAUGCUACUAUUACAUUUCUAUUAUGCUCCAUGUACCCAAAAACCCAUAAGUAUUUUUUUAAAUCCUUUAUAUUAAGUUCGCUUGCUUGCUUACGACCGUGCAAAUCUUUCGGUCUUUUUUUAACCCACUUCCCGUGAUCCAAUCGAGCUGACAUUUUCCACACAGACUCGUUGUGCGUGACAAUUAAUGUUCGUGAAAAAAUUUUUCCAAAAUGUGACACUUUUUAGGACAAAAAUAUUCUAAUUACCAAUUGCUUAAUGGUGCAAUGCAAUCAUCUGACCCAUAGGUGGCAGCCAUCUCAAGCCAGAGGACGAGAGGACUCUUGUCGCCACGCAUAUAAAGGAUCUAUAGUGAAAAAUUUCGUUUUUACGGGUUAUACUUGUUCCUUUGUUUCCAGGGGGACUCACGAAGGCUCAUAACGACAACGUCAGAGCAAUGGGCCGGCACCUGUGAGGUGUGGGCUAUAAAUCCCAGGCACGGUUAUAGUCUCCCUGCACAAAAUAUUUUUUGAAACAAGCGCUGCUCUCCCAUUGACAGCUUUGAGCCAGUGGUGGAGAGUCCACAUUCCCUCACCAGGAGUCAACCUCCUCUACUCCACAUAGCAAACUCUUUACCUUCCAUGAAGUGAUGCUCAUUUAAUCUUUCCCGGAAGGAUGAUGGGCUAAGAUGAUAGAAAUGCGAAUAACAACAGUUGUUUAUCCAGGGAAGUCUCGUUUAAGUCUCAAGUAUUUUUCAACAGGGUCCUGAAUUUUAAUGUUUGGCAUUUUUCUCAUGGAGCAUUAAUUGCAUUUGAAGGUAGGCAUAAUUACCCAGUGAAAACCCACACAUACAAGGGGUGAUGUCACCACCGUGUAAUCAAUACAUAUGGGUCUGCAACAUCGUUCUUGCACUGCCAUCUGCUGGUCACCCCACUGCACCUGCAUUCAUCAUCAUCAUCACCCUUGGUUACCGACCUCUGGGUUCCACUCCAAUGCCUGUGUCGAUAACCUGCCCCCUUCUAACCCACCACAGCCUCUUCACUGCUAUCGCUCUUGCGUGUGACUGUUUUUGCAAGGUUCACCAGGUCCGCCUAAAAAUUCCUGAAUUGCAGUCUCAUGUCGCCACCACCAGCACCGCCGCCAUGUUCACCGCUCCAGGCUGACCGUUCUGAGCGCGCAGCUGGCCUGGAAAGGAACCCCGCGUGGAUUCUCCCCAUUGAGCGGCGAGCGUCUCUUCUGAGCCUGUCGCACUCCGCAGUAAACGAGUGGCGGCCGAAGAAUUGUCCUCGUAGCCCCCACCCCCCCAAAGGCUCGUGCUGUCCCAUCCCAUUCCAUCCCACGCCGCCACACCUUGCUCCCUUCCCUCCCUCCCAGGUAAUGUGUGAAAUGCGAUACCCGCGAUAAUGGAAGUGUUGUGGGAGGUGAAGACAAGCACCGUGUUUUACAACUGCCGGGCGUCUGCAAAGGGCACCCACCCUGAACCGUGUAAUGCGACACUUCUGGCGGAGGGGAAUGACUGGUUAUUUGCCACAAGUUAUCUCGCGUCGUUAAUUGCGCAUUGAGUUGGUCUUCCCACACUUUGGUUGUGGUCCGGGUGCGCGAUUGCCGCCUUUCUGUGUCGUGUUAUUGGCCUGGUGGUGUUGUGGUUGGAGCGCACGACUCGCAAUCAAAAGGGUGCAAGUUCAAACACGGGUCGGUCUUACUUGGGCCCAUCAUUAACAUCACCAACGUCCUCCAUGAAAUAAUAACGUUGUCCUUUCGUUACCCAUGGAAGCUCCCACCGAGUCCAAAGGACAUUUCUUUCGUCGGGUCCUGCUUUGUGAUGUUUGGUACAUUCCGUUGAUGGGCGUUUGGCUUCAUGUGGGGAGAUAUAACCAGAGUGCCUCAAGAGAAACCCACGCAUGUGAAAGGGAUAGGGGGGGCGGUUAAUGUAGUUUUUUUUACUUGCAGACCUCAGGUCGUGAGUCAUGCACUCUUAACCACAGAUCUACACAAUGGAAUGAUCGCCAUGCAACUUGAUGAAGGUUAACGCAACACUAUUCGCCGUUAACUUUUUUACACGUUAUCUUUUUGAGCAUAAUGUGCUCACCCCUCAAUCGGUUGUCCUGAGCGACUGGAGGAAAUUCCACAUUCUUGUAGCGAGGGGACCAAUUUAUCCACAGGAUUAUUAGCACAAUUUCCACCAUGCGAUGUUGUCUCAACACGUGUGUGUGUGUACAUGUACAACACUUCGUCAUUUCACUGCUGGGCGAGGGCCUCCUCCCCAUGCCAUGAGGAUCAUGGGAAUUGUUUAGCCAUACUUCACCAUGCUGGUCAAUGUAGGUUUAUGAAGGCGGGGGGGAGCAUAGAUGUAUGGAUGUGUGAGCAUAGAAAGUACAUAGCAACAAUGUGUUUAUCUGCACUGCUUGCCACCCACUACGUCACCCCCAAGCAGCCUAUGACAACCUGCUGUGCAUGGUGAUUGUCCAUCCAAGCUCUGUCCAAAUUGGAACCUGCUUAGCUUCCGAGAUCUGAUACGCUCGUUUGCAUUCCAGGUGAUGUGGAAAAAAGCGUUGUCUCUGCUAGUAGCGCUCAUUUAAAUCUCCCAGAGGGAUGACGAUGAGAAUGAUGGCGACUGGAUUUGAACCCGAGUAAUAGUAAUGCUCUUUUGCAUUGUCUUAUGCAUUAUGGCCAGGAUUUUAACCCUUAAGUUUAAAACCUUGGAGCCCUAUUGCUCGCUCAGUAAAAGUAUAUUCCAACCUGUAAUGUAUUUUAUGGCAAAAGUGCAUUAGCAAUUCAUUGUGGACUGUAAUAGAAUAAUCAUGAAAUUUAAAUAUUGGUUUAAAGGUCACAUGGCCAUGUUCUCCCUGCUGUGUAAAGGAUUAAAAAGGCCACUUGAAAGUUUUUUUUAAAGAUAAAUCCUUUGAUCUUUUCCACAGCUAUUCUGACGAAAGGGCAGACCGUGGGAUUUCCAAAUGGAUUCUUCAAAUUGUAUAUAAGCAAAAUAUAAUCAUGAAAGCAGACCAAGCGAAUAUGUAUAUAUAAGGGUUAAUUCACUCUAUCACGACCUCGCUCCCGUUGGUUGAAUCAGCCCUAAACGAGUUUGUGGUGCAACAUAUAAAUGGCAGCACUGGGGAGACAGGUGGCCAGACACGCGUGGUGCUGGCCACCUAACUAUGUCGUGCCACCUGUAAGUGCCCUCUCGGCUUAUUAAUAUGUAUGUUGACUCAGGAAAGUCUCAUCGAGUCUCGGGAUUAUUUUUAUAAGGGUCCUGCUAAUUUUUUGUUUUACAGCAGAGGCCGAUGUUUGCCAUGUCUAAUCCCAAUUGAGUGAUUUUGUGGUGUAAUUUAUCAAACUUGUAUCGUGGUGCCGGUAGCACACAAUGGAUUUCUCUUGCGAAUUACGUCAUGGCAUCUUUAAAUCCACUGUGAGCGAAGCAGACGGACCGUAGUAUUUGUAUGGUUCAAACCCACCGCAGUAUUAACCAGGGGCGGCCAUUGGAUUCGAACCGCGAACCUCUGCAACAGCGGCAAACGCGCUCCUGAUGGGCAUUGUCACCUCCCUAUAAUGCUUGUACCUACAGUCAAUAAGGCUUAAUCAGGGAUCUUAGUGGAGGUGUGGCCGUGGUGCUGGCCACCCACCUCCUCGUGUGCCGUUCCGGCCUUCAUAAGUGCUGGCUAACAGCACUUACCCCGGCAGUCUGUUAAGGCUACACGGGGGAUCUUUGUAGGUGUGCGUUGUCGCAUGGGUGUCACCUGUCAACCGAGUAAUAUUCCCACUGAGAGGCGUCCCUUAAUCCGUGACGGAAUGUAACAGCUGAUCAUUUCCAAUCAUGUCAUUGAAGUAAAAAUGACGAAACCAACACUGGAGCGCUUUGGGCUGUGAAAAUUUUAAUUUCAAAAGGGCACGCUUUCAUUUCAUCACUUUUAAUAUAGUGACAGAUUUUUGAACAUCCACGAUAUCGCUGUGCUCGAUUUUUUUAAUCAUUACACUUGUGUCCUUUUGAUGAUACAUAUCAUUGCUGGGCAUGUAACACUUAUGUUAAGUAAUAAUUAUUCACGUUUGAAAACCUCGCUCUGCGUACUAAUUUUAUAAGAGUGUCCUUCUGAUGUUUGAUCAUUUCCUUAUUCGUUUGUUUAGUGGGUGUAGGAACUAGAGGGCACAGAGAAACCCGCAUAGAAAAGGGAAAAUUGUUUGCAAAGGUAAGCUAGCAACCUACUUGCACUGCCGCUUGUGGGCAGUCCAAGCAUCUUACAUACAUGGUGACACCAUCUUUGUAUGAUCCACCAACCCCCCACCUGGCAUGCAUCCACGACAUCUGGCCAAAUACAUUCACAGUGUCUCCUGCUGAACAGGCAGUGUUCUCUACCACAGGUGACCCCGAGCAAGUGGUGGAGAGUUCACGUGACGAUGACGAGGGGCGAGUCUUAGCAAAAGACCACUGCAGUCUGUUCUUUCACGUGGUAGUUGCGUUCCUGAAGAACACCGCGUUAUGGAAAAAUCGCGUUAUAAUAAAUAAUGUAGGGUAAAGCACAGUCGGCGAUAACACGUGAGAUGCGUAUGCAGGCUAAACAAAGACUGGGGCGCGUGGGUAGCAUCUAGAAGCAUCCAGCAGCAUCCCGCCUUGUGCGAUGCUAAGCCAAGGCAGCCAUACGACCGCCUAUUUCUACUCGCGCGACAUCGUUCUGUUCACUCAAUCGCGUUCUAUCCAAUUGGCAUCCGCGUUAUGAAAAAUGUGCUCCCUAAUGCACUCGUGGCAUUAUAUUCAAUUUGCGUCAUGAAAACACGCGUUGUAGGAGAAACACACUGUCCCUUCGACCUCCCACAAAGUGGGUGACUUGAUUAAGUGAACAGCAUAUGCACCGUCUCUGUGAGUUUGGGUCAUUAUAUGGUAGGUAUAUCUGCAACGAUGGAGCGGCACGUGUACUUGGCCAUGCCACUGCUGGCAGAAGGACCUCCACAAAAAGAGAACUCGCUCUGUUCGUGGGUAUGUUGGCAUUACUCUUCCACGCUGGCAAAAAGUCUCGGAAGAGAUUAGAGUAUGUAUAUACCAGGGGUCGGCAACCUACGGCUCCGGAGCCGCAUGCGGCUCUUUACGGGCUGCUUCUUGACGAUAUGUACGUAUGUACAGUAUGUACUCAGAUGCAUUGCGGCUCUUGAAAUACUGAAUUUUGUACUGAAUUGGAAAGAAAUGGCUCUUCUUGUUAUUUUGGUUGCCGACCCCUGGUAUAUACCGUUGCACUUAGCCAGAAACCUCAGAAAACCGUACGAAGACUGCACAGAGGCUGUGUUCUAUAAUCCAGCAGUGGAAACGUGGAAGACUCCUUCACUCCCUGAGGUGGCUCCUGCUUCUGUUUGCUCUCGGUAGCAAGUGUUUUAGUAAAAGGAAAAAAAUGUUCCCCAUCACAACUUACAAUUAAUGAUAUUAACAUUAUGCACUAUGUUUUAUACGGCAAAAGAGUUGCCGUAUAGAAACAGUGCUGGAAAGAAAGCAUUGGUCCAGGAUUCCCUGAUGGAACGUCCACAUUACUAUCUCUUAAAAAUCUUAUGGCCGCAUGUUUAGCUCUUUUGGAACUGGUGGUCUGAACAAGGCUGGGAUCAUUGAACAUGCAAUGUGGUGAUCAGGUGGCAUGCAAAGCACGAGGGAGUCGUGCCUUCCCGGUGUUUGAAAGCGCAUGUUUGUACGUCGAUUUUGCCCCCUUACAGAAAGUCCACAGGCCAAUUGACUUAUUGUAUUCCUAAGCGAUGUGUUCUGUGACUCGUAUGCAUAAGACCUUGUCCUCCCCCCACACCUCCGAUUUGCACGGUUGGCUACAUACAGAGCGAAAGAAGUUCAUACAAUAAUACUUAAGACACACUGACUUAAUCUGUCAAACUUUGCAUUCCUGUUGGGUGUCUUAUGAGCUGUUGAGUAUCUUCAUUUUUUUUAACUUAUCCAUUUGCAUCCAAGAGACACCAAUAAUUGGAUCUCUGUGACAAUCGCCCACAUCGUCAGACAAAGUCUCUGAACCUGCGGGUUGUGGGAAAACGUCCAUUCAUGCGUCAAGUGAUGGCAGUGAGGUAUUUCUGGUUUAGGGACAAUUGCCUGACACUUUUGAGUCACCUGACAGAUACUAACAACAGCUGUCGUGAAAAUACGAGGCAAGCGUUUACAGGUCGGGUACCUUGAUUGUAUGUUUGAACUUCGUAUUACAAGCAGGUGGGAACUCAUUGAGGCAGCAAGUCUCGUCUGCAAGGCAGACUUUUUGGGAUGGUCAAGUCAAAGUGGUGUUUUUGUUGCUCAAGUGAGCAUUUCGAGUGUUGGAAAUGCCAUAUUACCACCCAUCGAGCAGCUUCCUGUUGGCUUCCCCAUCGAACAGAAGCAGUUCGGUGGCAGCAGUCGCUCGUCUUGGCAGGACUCUCAACAUCUUUCAGAGUCUUGGGGCGCCACGGUGGUGAGAUGUGAACUCCUUCGCCUGGUAUGCAGGAGGUCCUGGGUUCAAUCCCGACUCUGAUGACGCCUGUAUAUUUGGAGUUUGCGUGUUCUCUCUCCCCGUGGUCGCGUGGAUUAUACUCGGGGUGCUCCGGGUUUUCCCUCCACAUUUAGAAACAUGCGUUUAGAGCAUUUGGCUGCAGUAAAUGUCCACACGAUAAGCAACUUCGUUGAGCUAUCAUUUGUGGCCAGGUCGCUUAUGAAAAAAAGAGCUACAUAGCUCAUUGGGCCUUACCUGGCAAAAUAAAAUAAAAAAAAUGUUCCGUAAUGUUCACUUAGAGGCCGGUGGGCCAGACUUGCGUAGGAGGCUGCUGUCCGGUCUAGCAAAGUUUCCCCCUGUUAUUUUGAAAACCCGAUCUGGAUGAACGUAGUUCAGCCCCGACCCUUGACCGCGUGUAGUUGUGACCUCGCCAGAAGCCAGCCAGGUCGACGCUGGACAUGUGAGGGUUUCAGAAUCAUUAAGCACUUUUAAAAUAAGUCUAAAAUCUGGCUUUUUUAAACUGGCUUUUAAUUAGGAUAUUCUUAAUGUGUUAUUUUUAUUAUGUCUUUGGAAUUUGGUACGUGAUUUUAUUUUGGGUACAAUUUCACUUGUAUCGUUCAUGCCUGUAAAACACGAUGUAUUGCAUUUUUUUGCACGAAUAGUGCUAUAGAAAUAAAGUUUGAUUGUGUG